GUUGUGAACAGUGAUGUUUUAGCAGAGUCUAAAAUCCUAAUACUUCAUGUGGGUCAAGCCUUCCCCUUUGACCCCUGUGGCCGUGGGUUCAUAACCUUCCCUGCAAGCAUGCUACUAGCGAGACCAUGGGUUACGAUGGACUUGUCACCAACAUUGAUUCCAUCAUUUAUACUAUCACAGCAAAGCUUAGUUUGGACAGUCCAGCUGGAGUAUGGGUGUCCAGUACAGACAUGAUACUGACCACUCCAGCCAAUAGUCAGAAGGUUGACUGGUCAGCAAGUGAGGACAGUGCAUAUAUCUUUGCAGUGCCUGCCAGCGAAAGCUAUGCCAAGAACCAUGGUGUUAUCAAGUUAAAUACAGAGGGUUUUGUGGAGGAUAUCUUUUACAAGCCUGUACCAACUCACAUGAAGCAGUGUACCCUACCAGACGGCAAGGUCUCUCUGGUCUGUGGUGUCAUCUUCUUUCCCUCAAGAAUCGCAGAGAAGCUUCUGUCCUGCCAUGUUUGUCCUCCUCUCGAUGCUUGCACAUACAUGGGCUUGGACAGCGGAGUCAAACCAAUACAGAUGUCUUUGUUCUUUGACUUCAUCCUCCCGAUGGCAGGCAGCAAGGAUGAGGAGGACUUCAUCUCAGGGGAGAGAAGUAAGGCCUACGAUAACUCAUUGUGCCCUCAUUGGUCCGAAGCAGAGUUGCAGGUCAGGAGGACGGCCAGGGCUGCUCUAUGGAACCAAUUCAGAGGGCUGAGAUUGAAAGGAGUGUUGUUAAAAGAUGCUCGUCAUGACUACCAGACUGUCAAUGCUGGAAUGCAUCUCCGCCAUCUUGUAAACUGUCCCGUGAGAGAUGAAGACAGUCAUUUUUCUUGGUCCAACACAACUCACUGCUUUAUAGAGGAGGGAUGCCAGCUGAUGGAAAACUGUCAUACCAUUAACUCUAUUGUAGGGUCAGGGGUUGAGGUCACAGGAAAGUCAAGCGUCAUCUUACACAGUCAUCUAGAGUGCAAGAUGAACAUAGCCAAAGAUUCCUACCUCAUGAAUAUUGACAAAGAAGCCUCUGAGGAGCUUGAGAAUCUGAGUUUACCAGACAGUGUGUUCCUGCAAGGCUUCAACCUAUGUCUUGGUCACUCUCCUAGUAUCAAGACAAAGGUCUAUACAGUCAUGGGAAAGUUUGAUACUAUCAUGAUACCCUAUGUGAAAGGAACCAGUACAUUCUGUAACAACCCUUGGGUUGUGUUCUUGACUAGAACAGGAGUGGACAGAGAUGAUCUAUGGGCUACCCACUUGUCUGAUUAUGAACGCACAUUGUACAAUGCCAAGCUCUUUCCGGUGAUGGCUUGCCAGAACUCAAUAGGCAUGAAGGAGGCCCUCUGGCUGCUGAAUGGAGAGAAGGACGAAGCCAUGCUGCAAAGAUGGCGGUCGUCAUGGAGAUUGUCGCUGGAAGAAAUCAUGAGCAAUAUUGACCUAUCAACAGAAUUCCAGUGGAGAAGGAAGAUGUUCUUAGAGGUUGGACGAAGGAAAGUGGAGGAUGUUUUGAUGAACAUCAGGAAUCAAGGCAUUCUACCGUUCCUCAAGUGUACCGUCAUAGAAGGAUGUGCCCAACAGAUGCUUGAUACACUGGAUGCCAUUGCCUGUAAGUGUAACUCAGCAGGUAUAGCAGCACGUUGCCUGGCCUGCAUAGCUGACGUUCUAGGUACGAUGGCUGGAGGUAAGGGAGGGUUGAGGAGUGGACCCGGAGGGAACAAGACUUGGACUGAUGCCUUCCAAUUACUUGAGGCAGGAAAGAUGCAGGAUGGGAUCCGUUCCCUUGCCAACCAUCGCUCUCAGUGGUUAGAUCGUCCUGAUCGUCUCAUGAGAGCUGCUCGGCACUAUGAGGGCGCCACACAGAUUCUCAUCAGACAUGCUAUCAUGCUGGCUAGACAGUUUAUCAAGACGAGUCCAUGUGACCUACCAGCGAUGGAUAAAUGGGUGACGGCCCUGUGCCCUUCACGCAUCGAUCUAUCUGGAGGUUGGACCGAUACACCACCGGUCACAUAUGAGUUUGGAGGAGCCGUGGUGGAUGCAGCCAUCCUCUUAGAUGGAGAAACGAAGAUCGGGGCAAAGGUCAAAAGGAUUCCUGAACCCAAGCUAGUCCUGGUCUUAGCUAAAGAGUCGGGAGGUACAGAGAUAGUCUGUGAAGAACUCAAGGACCUAGCAAACUUCACCAACCCACAAGCACCUGGAGCAUUAUUGAAGGCAGCAUUCGUCUGUGCAGAGGUCGUGACCUUUCCAAGCACUCAAAGUCUGAAGGAUCAGCUAGAGCAGAGAUACGGAGGAGGUUUUGUACUACACACCUGGGCAGACUUACCACAUGGUUCAGGUCUUGGUACUAGUAGCAUCUUAGCUGGUGGAGUGAUGGCUGCCUUAUGGAGAGCUUCAGGAAAGACUUAUGACCAAGAUUCUCUGAUUCAUGCUGUUCUUCAUCUUGAGCAGAUGUUAACAACCGGAGGUGGCUGGCAAGAUCAAGUAGGAGGGCUGACACCUCGGAUUAACAUUGGUCGUACCCGCCCUGGUCUCCCUUGCAAGGUUGAGAUCUCUGCUGUACCCAUCAGUGACGAGAACCAAGAAUACUUCAACCAACAUUUCAUACUGGUCUACACUGGCAAGACUCGACUAGCAAGGAAUCUCCUGCAGGAUGUGAUUCGUAACUGGUAUGCCAGACAGCCUCUCAUUGUACAGAACUGUCAGCAGCUUAUAGACAAUGCUGAAGAAUGUGCAAGGGCAAUACAGAGAGGAGACUUUGUGAAGGUUGGCCAGUGUAUGAAUACCUACUGGUCACAGAAGAAGAUAAUGGCACCAGGCAGUGAGCCUCGUAUCGUCUCUCAGAUGAUGGCUGCUCUUAAACCAAUCGUUCAUGGUCAAGUAUUAGCCGGGGCUGGAGGAGGAGGGUUCAUGUAUGUCUUGACCAAGGAGCCAAACCAGGCAACCAAUAUCAGAGAGAUCAUAGCUGGUAUUGAGGGCACCCAAGACGUGACUGUUCAUGAGGUGAAGCUAGACACACAGGGUCUACAGCUAGAGGUAGAGGAAUGAUGUAUACCCCCUCCCCCCCCCCCCCCCUCCCCCUCGUAGGGUUACUCACAUGAUGUUACUGCCUAUAAGGGUCAUUUAGACACAGGGUGUAUUGGUACUGGCGGUGGAAUGACUUCCUUACUAUAUAUAAGCAACAACUUCAAAGGAUUUUCUGAAAUAUUUCAUCACAUUUUCGGUGAAGCGACCAUCAUGCUUUUCAUGUUUGUUCAUGAUAGAGGCUUAUAGGUGUACAAGGAGAGCCAUAUUGUUUCAGAUUUGUAGGUUGGUAGUCUAGACAUGGAUUUAGGGAAAGACUUGUGAAUAUUUUUCUACAUGAGAGGACCUCAGUUAAUGGUAUAAAACUUUCAUUGAACAUGUACCUGUACAUCCAUCUCAUCAUAAAGCAAUUACAAGAUCUAAAAUUUUGCUGCGAUAUGUCUGGAUUAUUUGUUAUGAUUUUUAUCAUACAGUACUACAUGUAGAAUGCGAAUACAUGUAUUUAAAUGCAUUCAUACCAUUUUUCUUUUCUUUUUUCAUUUAAGUUCAAUGAAGUUAUUGUUGUGUAAUUAAAUUAUUGUCAUGCAGAAAUAUAAGCUGAAACUUAUUUAUAAAUCCACAGAAAUAAUAAGAACCUUGCCCAGUCAACUGGAAAACAAUGUCCGAUUUGAAAACCAAUUAAAAAAGAAAGAGCCCAUUGUAUUGUGUAAUAUUUCAUUCAGCAGCAAUGGAAAAUGUUAAUGUCUGGUUGUGUCUUUAUUGCACUGUCCAGACUAUUAUUCUGCAACUCGAUAUAUAAAACAUACUCAUCUCAUGACAGCUCUAGUGGAAAGAAAUAUAAUUCUUUUUUCAUUAGAUGUAUUUAAUGAUUCUAAACUCAUUAUCAUAACUCAAUAAUGAUAAACUCAAUUUGAUGUACUCAAUUCGAUAUACUAAUUUGUAUUUUAUAGUAAUAUGAGAUGCAUUGCAAUAGAUGGAAUUUUAAAGUAGAUUUUGGCAAAUCGAUUGGUGGUAGGUAUAGUUUUACUGCCUCUUUACAUUCAAUUUUGUUCUACAUGCUUGAAAUGUCUAUUUAAACAACUUAAUAGUUGAGGUGGUUGUAAUGAGACCAUAUUUACAAAUCUUGCCUUGUUGCUGCAUGAUUUAAGGAAAUUGAAGAAAUGAUUUAGAUCCCAGCUGAAUGAAUUUAAGUUUGUAAGUAUAUGUAGGAGUAAUUUUUAUAUACAGUGUCAUUACUGUGAUAAACAAGUGGCAGAGGAUAAGGAAACAUUUGUUUUUUCAUAAUACUGUUAAGUGUUUGAUUGUUUGUCUUGGGGGCAUUAAUUUCAUUAACAAAUCAAUUAAAUUGUUAUGAUAUAUCAAUAUACAUAUUUAUAUUAGAAUUCAUGGGGAAUAUUGAAUUUGUAUUGCUACAGGUUGAAGUUAUAUUUUAGUGUGUGUGUGGGUGUGCUUGAGUAGUGGGUAGGGGUGUGGUUGUACAUGUGUGUGUGUGAGGAUGAGGAUGUGUGUUUGUGUUUCUGUGCAUCUGUUAGGUCAUUACAGAAUUACUGAUCUGACACAAAUUACUUGAGAAUGAUCAUGAGUAUCACCAAAACAUCAUUACUGAUCUGACACAAAUUACUUGAGAAUGAUCAUGAGUAUCACCAAAACAUUCUUUUACAAGAGCUUAUUCUACUUUAUCUUACAGUGUUUAUUUGUGCAUACAGCUCAGUUUGAAUAACAAGACAUUGAUGAAUAAUUGUGCAAUUUUGUCUUCACUGAUAUCAUCGAUAAGAAUCUGUAACAAAAAACAAUGAUAUAUUCUAUAUAGUACUAAUGAUGAUUUUAUACUAACUUUUUCAAGCGCUUUACCAGUUACAAUGUAACUGACCGAAUUGCUUGCAGUUUUAUUACCCCAUUCACUGGAGUCAAUGAGUUUAUGUGAUGUUUUGCAGUCAGUGAAAAGAUUUUAAAAAACGAGAUAUUGCUUCUGUUUGUAUUGCAGAUUUGUGUUUAAAAGUGGUUUUAGUUCUGAAUAAUGAUUUAAUACGCAAUGGAACAGCAACUACACCAAAAUAUACAAUAAUUUUAUAAUCAAGUUUUUAAUGCCUAAGUGUAACAUAAAACAUACGGCCAGGAAGAUGUGUUCAUUAAAUGCAGUGUUAUCCCAUUUGAAACUCUUGUAUUAUCUACACAGUUUUUGUCUAUUCACUUUGAAAUCCAACUCACUCCCUUGCAAUCCUAUAUGACAACUUCAUCACAUAGCUGCUCUAUUAUAUCUAACAACUCACAUGUACAAGUUAUACCGUUCAUUGUGAAAAGUCACAAUCAUACUAAAUUUUGUAUAAAGAUACUAAUUGUUUUUAUAGAUUCUAAACUUACCUUGUGUGCUUUUUUUAAAUAAUUUAACAACUUAAUCUACAUGUUUUUCAAUUCAAUGUAAACUAGUCUUCCACUUUUAGUAUGUUUCAAUAAAAGAAUAAUGUGCAUGUGUGCAUUUAUUCCAAGAGAUGUAAAAA